AUGACUGAAUGUGAUGGUGAUCAUGAUGAUGGUGGUGAUGAUUUGGCCCUUGAGGUAGUAGCAGACUCUCGGUUUUCGAAUUCUGUAUCCAGUUUCAGUGAUGGAUUAAAUAUCACAAUUGGUCAUGAGUUUGACAAUAACGAAGCAGCCCAAGAAUUUGUUCGCAAGGGUGCAUCUAUAGGUCGUUUUCGUUACACUACACUGAAGUCCAAUAAAAGGUUGUGGGAAAUCAGAUGCAAAUUUGCUGAAUCGGGUUGUAAUUGGAAGUUGCGAACGACAUUGAUUUUAAACUCGGAGCGUUGGAGUGUAAGAAAACAUAAUUCCAUGCAUACCUGCAAACCCGUAUCUGAAACAAGUGAAGUUUUGAGGGGUUUAAAGAAAUUGGUUCGGGAUUAUUUGAAGGAAGAAUUCCCCGGUAAACUUGAUAGUACACCUUCAGCACAUGAAUUUGUAGACAAGGUAAAAGCUAAGUACGGUACAACCGUAACAUAUUUGACGGCAUUACGAGGCAAACACAAAGUUAAAAGUGAGAUUCGAGGUGAUCCUACUGAGCAUUUCAGAAAGCUUUCUGGGUGGUUGCACAUGUUGCAAAAGAGAAAUCCCGAAACAAUUGUCGGUCUCGAGUUGGACAAAGAUGGCAAAAGUUUCAAAUAUCUCUUCUUCGCAUUGGGUGCAGCGGCAAGAGGAUGGAAUUACAUGCGUAAAGUGGUUGCGAUUGAUGCAACAUUUCUCACGGGACAAUACAAGGGUACAUUGGCCGUUGCAACGGCACAAGACGGUGACCACCACCUAUAUCCGUUAGCUUGGGGUGUUAUUGACAUAGAAAAAGAUGCAUCAUGGAGGUGGUUUAUGAAAAUGUUAAUAAAGGCAAUCCUAGAUGGACCUGAUGUUGUCAUGAUUUCUGAUCGACAUGGGAGUAUAAUAAAGACCGUCAGGGAAGUGUACAAAGAGGCAGGGCACAGAUUUUGUGCGAGAGAUAUAGCGCAAAAUUUGAAAGUCAAGGUUAACAGAGGCAGGGAAGGAAAAGUUCGAGAGGACAUGUAUCCCAAAGUUGCGGAGUAUAUACAGAAAAAAGAACUUGAUCCCGAGAAAUGGGCGAGGUGUAAAUUUAAACGUGAAAGGUACAAUUUAUUGACAAUAAAUGCGGCGGAAUCAAUAAAUUCUGUAAUGAAAAAGGCAAAAAGAUUUCCGGUGCUGGGCCUUCUGGAUAUGUGUGUCUCCAAGACCGUGGAAUGGUUCGAUAGAUAUAGAGUGGAAGCAGGAUGUGCCGAUGAUUCACAAAAAAAGAUACCGCAUGUUGACAAAGUGCUGCAUGAGAGGUAUGAAACUGCAUGUACGUAUGAAGUCAUUGUGCUAAACACUGUUACAGAGGAGUUUGAGGUGACGGGUGAAAAGGGUAGAAAACACUUUGUUAGCAUUGAAGAUAGAACGUGCAACUGUAGGGUGUUUGAUAUCGAUAAGAUCCCAUGCAUCCAUGCAAUUGCAGCACUUCAUAAGAUUGGUAAAACGAAUGUUAUACCAAACUUGUGUUCUCCAUACUAUACGCGGGAGACAUGGCGUCUUGCCUAUCAAGAAACCGUGUAUCCGGUUCCCGAUUGCUGUGAAUGGAUUAUCGAUGACCCGGAUGUUGGAAAUCUUGUGGUUAUGCCUCCAAUAAUGGAUGAGAAACGACCAUGUGGGAGGCCUAAACAAAAUCGGUAUCCUGGUCCUGGUGAAGCACGGAAGAGAAUCAAAAUGUAG